CGCGCUCCGGCGCCGCGCCCCGCUCCCUUCCCCUGCAGACUCCGCUCCGGAUCUGCUCGGCUGCCUGCAAACUUUUUUUGGCCUUUUCGAUUUCCCCCCCCCCCCUUUUUUUUUUUUUUUUCCCUCUUAUUUUUUGUCGGAGUGGAUUCCCCUAAAACCAUCCAACAACUCUCUGCUGCUUCUGCGCCUUCUUCAUCCUUUGCCCAGCGGAAAGGCGAUGCCGGCAGCCCUUUGACUCUUUUCGGCCGCAACUUGGGAGACAGAUCUAUUUUUCCCCCUCCUCUUUGGGGUUUUUCUCCUUUUCCCUCUCUCCCUUCUCCUUCCGCAGCCACACGCUCUCAGUGCCGGGUGUCACAGUUUCAUGCGCUUUUCCUUUCCCUUCCGCACAGAGUGGCAAUGUGUAGCAAAGCGCUCCUAGCCCUUCUGGUUUAUGGCAUAAUAAUGCAUUGCAGCGUCUACUGCUCACCCGCCGUUGGACUCCAGUACCCGGCGCUCAGGCUGGAGGAGGAGGUGUACGACGAGGACGGGAACACCCUGCAGGACUUCGCCUACGAUCAGGAGCCGCUGGGGGUGGCCGGGCCGCCGUCCGCGCUGGGCGAGGUGUACACGCUGUACUACCCGCUGGGAAAGAGGCACGCCGAUGGGAUCUUCAGCAAAGCCUACAGGAAAGUCCUGGGCCAGCUGUCCGCCAGGAAAUACCUGCACUCCCUGAUGGCCAAGCGGGUCGGCGGUGCCAGCAGCGGCCUGGGGGACGAGGCGGAACCGCUCAGCAAGCGGCACAUAGACGGCAUCUUCACGGACAGCUACAGCCGCUACCGGAAACAAAUGGCUGUCAAGAAAUACUUAGCGGCCGUCCUGGGGAAAAGGUAUAAACAAAGAGUUAAAAACAAAGGACGCCGAGUAGCGUAUUUGUAGCGAUGAGCAACCGCCGCUGCCGUGCGUAGUCCUGAGAGAGAGAGAGAGAGAGAUUGAGAGAGAGAGAGAGAGAGAGAGACCCAACCACCCAAACCCAAACAAAAGUCAUUUCCAAAGUGACGGAAAGACCGCCGCUCCCGUGUUCCCCAAACAUGUAUUUAUGUAUGAAGUAAAGCCAUUAAAUGAAUAUUUUGAUAAUAA